AUGACAGGGGCCACCUCAACGAUAACAGCACACACACACAAUAGAUUGCAAGCUCACACUCACUCUGCAACGACUCCGUUUCGAGUCGAGCUUGACACACGGAAAAGCAAGAGAGAAAAAUAUGCUGGCCGCUCUCGCUGCAGCCGCUGCGCAGGCGCAGGUGCAGGCGAAGGCGCAAGCCUCCAGCGAUCCUGCCGCGUCCGGUGCAGCGUUGCGCAUAGCAAAGGCGUACAUUAGCCUGCCUGACGCUUCGCGACGGCGGUUGCAACGCGACAGCGAGCGCGGGCAGGCCGCGUCUGGAAUUGCUUCUGAGGCUCCUUCGUCCUCCGCCGCAUCACUCCAAACUGCGGCGUCGGCAUGGUGCAAGCAAGCACCCGUGUACGCCCUGCUUGACGCCUUUGUUAACACCGUCGGCAGUGCAGCGGCGCUCAACACGCGCAUGCGCCAGCUCUUCGCCGAGGCGAUCGCCGCCGACCUGCGCGCCACGCGCAUGGCCGAGCGCGACCGCCGGCAGGUGCUGGCACGGCGUCGCAGGCGCUGGCGGCGGAGCGACAGAGCGGAGCUGGUCAAGGAAGGAGAUAAGGAGGCGGAGCAGGAGGAGGGGAAACAGCAGCAGCUAGGACAAGCGAGCGAAAACGCUGAUCCAGGCGCCAAAAUUGAAGAGGUGGACGACGCACAGGCGUGGCCCUGGCCGAAACAACUGCGCCUCUUGGCCCUCAUGGUGCUCAAAGAACUCAGCCGCCUUCCCGGUGGUUCGGCGCCACUCGCUUCAGCCGAGGGUCUUGCCAUGCUGCUCGAGCAGCUCACGCUUCCCGGCGAGGCGGGCGCGGAGGCGGUCGCCGAGCUGGAGCUGAAAGGGCAAGAGGGAGGUGGCAUCGCCCAAACACCAUUAUCAUCAUUGCCGUCAUCGUCGUCAUCAUUAUCUUCUGCUCCUGUUACUGCUGCCUGCGGUGAGGAGCAGGCACAAGGAGAGGUAGAAGAGGAGAUGCUGGACGAAACGCAGGUGCGCGGUUCGCCCUCAUCUCAGCUAUCGUCGGCCUCGAGCGGGGGUGGCGGUGGAAGCAGCAGCGGCUUGGCGCGCCUGCGCACUGGCUCCCAAGGAAGCGACUACAGGCAGAGCAAAGGCGGCGCUAGCUCGGCAUCGCCGCCUGUGAGCUCGCCAGUCAAAGCGGUCGCAGCAGGGACGCCCGGCCGAAAACUGGGCAAGAUCGCCGGCAUGUGGUCGCGCGGUCCGACGUCGCUCUCUGGUGCGAGAGACAAGGAGAGGUCGCAUGGAACUGGCAGACAGAGGGGCAGCGAUCUCUACCAAGUGCGCAGGGCCUGCAGCAGCCACAGCAACUUGAGCAGCAUCGCUGGCGGCAUCACGCCGGCCGCAGCGGGCAGUGGCGGCAAGAGCAAAAGCGGUCUCGCGCGCAGACCCGUCAGUGCGCACGGCAGCAUCAGCAGCGCCGAAGGACAUCGCGCGUUCGAGUCGAUACUGCUCCCGCCGAUGCCGGUGCUCGUACCCGCGGCUUUCCAUUCCGCCUCCUCGCCGCUGUCAGCGUCAGCAUCAGCACGAGCCGUAUUGGAGGCGGCGGUGCCAACUGCAGCACAACAGAGACAGCAGCAGCAGGAUCGCGGGUCGCCGUCAGUGAAAGCCCUGGACAGCCUUACGUGGAGCAUCAACGAUAUCGCCCUACGAUGCCUCAACAAUACGCUCUUCCUGCAUGAGCAGUCCCGCGCGCUCUUCGCCAACAACGACAGCGACAACAAGGAUGACACGAACGUCGGCGUCGGUGGUGGCGCCAUCGCGCUGGAGCUGCUGCAGCUCGUAGAUGGGUGCGCCGGCGACGUACCCUUUCUCGCGGCGAGACUCAUCUUUUACUGCACGCUGUUCGAGGCCCCGUUCAAUAAGGUCGCUGUGGAGGAGCUCGGCGCGAUCGAUAAACUUACACUGUCGAUGACUGCGCUUCUGGACGCGCUCGAGGAACACCUUGCUAACUCGUCGCUCGAGGAAGACUCUCCGCGCAAAAGGGCAUCUGCAGAAUACCCGAAACAACUCAACGCGGCCCUAGGCGAGGUACUCAAGGCUUUUUUCAACAUCUCGCUGUACUAUCCUCGCUUUGCGGACGAAAGCGCUCGACAGAGAGAUGGGUCAGCCAUGCUCGGAGAAGCGUUCCACCCUGUUCUCGCCAAAAUGUUGGGUCCGACCAUCCGUCUCGUCCUCAUCAGCCCCGAGUCCACCCCGCCGCUUGCGACCCCGCUCACGAACGCCAUUGCUGUGCUGCUGAACUUCCCCGUCAAGGACUACCGCGACGUUUGGUUUCAGGUGUCUGAGGAGACUUCUACGGGGUCACUUCCCUCAUCGAUGACAGGCCUUGCGAGCGCUCGGCGCUUCGCAGUUAAUCUUUUCUCUCCCAAGGGCAACCGACAGAAAAGCAACAGCAACUCAAAGCAAUCCAAGUCAACAGGCACGCAGAUCCCGCCGCUGCUUACCGCUCUUGUCGGUAUACUCGACCGCACGACCAAGCGCUACUUUAGCGCACCCGACGUCGAUUCCGCCUUGGUCAAUAAGCAGGCUGCCAAGGAUUCAGUAAAGGUGGAAGACCUGCUGCAACCGCUGCUCUUGCUCGUUCGCAAGCUCGCUGCUGAGGACGCUGGCGCUAGAGCGCACCUUCGCAAUAUACUCGCUCCACCAGAGAUCGACCGGAGCAUCGGCCUGGACAAGCGCACAGACUUGACGGGAAGGCUCGUUCGAUUCAUGGGCUCUGCGUUGUUCCCGCGUCUGAUGCGCGCUGCAGGCGAGCUCUUUCUUUCUCUCUACAACGGUAACCCUCAAGAGCUUAGCUCGCAGAUCGGCUACGGUCCGAGCAUCGGCUUCUUGUUGAGCGUCAAUCUGGCUGGGUCCGUGCCCAAGCCCCCGGAGGCCAGAUCAGGAUCAGCGUUCGGGCAAUCGCGGCCUGUGAAUCCCAUCACGGGCUCGUACGAGCCCACUGCGGCCGAAAAGGCACGCGACCCGAUCAAUCAGAUGACGGACGAGGAGAAAGAGGCUGAGGCGGAGAAGCUCUUCUCGCUCUUUGACCGCAUGAACAAGACCGGCGUCGUGAAGGUUGAGAACCCGAUGCAGAAUCCCAAAGCUCAGAGUCGCUUCCAGGAGAUCCAGAAGGAAGAGGAGCAAAAACAGCAAGAAGAGGAGGAGGCAGAAGAGAAAUCGGCGCUCAAAGAGCUUGAGCGGUGGCGGGCCGAACGCAAGAAGAAACGCUGUUGAUCUUCUUCGGCAGCCGCCUUUUAUUAAUUAUCCAUGGUAUUGUGCAUCUCAAGCACUGUGUUCACGCAGUGCUAACAUGCCCGCAUAUUCCAGUACGCUACUACUGUUGCAACCUAAUGAUUAUUGCAACCUUAA